AUGACCUCCCUGCAACGUCUCGCACGGCGGGUCUAUUCAUCCCUUCCACGCGCAACCGACACAGCUGGCAUUCCAACCAGUCCCACCUGGUCUGUCAACGAAUUGCUGGCUUCCUAUCCCCGACCAACACUUUCUACACACGCUCUAACGCGUCUCCAUAACCUAUCUGCCUUGGUUCCGCCUAAAGAAAACUCUCCUGAGCAUGCGAAACUCAAAUCGGAGCUGGAGGAUCUCAUUCGCUUGGUGGAAGCCGUCAAGCUUGUCGAUACAACCGGCGUGUCUCCAUAUCGUCGUGGAACCAUUAGCUCGACACACCCACAACCACAACCUCAGUCGGCAGAAGAUGGACGAGCAUUAUUGAAACAUGCGAAGCAAACCAAGGACGGGUUUUACGUUGUCAAUACUGACAGAAACCAUUAA